AGUUAUCAUGCGGAGAUCAACGUCUCAAGUCGAAGUGCUGAUAGUUUGUCUGGCCCUUUUGGGUGCCAGCAGCAGCCAAGCCUACGAACCACCAAAGGCCACGGUCAAGGUUAAUACGCCGCAAGGCUUUGAGGUCUCCAUACCCGAUGAGCCGGGCAUAUCGCUGUUUGCCUUCCACGGCAAACUCAAUAUGGAAAUGGACGAUCUGAGCGAUCAGACUUGGGCCACCGAUAUCGUUAAGUCACGCAACGGACGUUGGAUAUAUCGAAAUCGACAGCAGAAACUGAAUCCAGGUGAUAUUCUCUACUACUGGACAACAGUUAGAUAUAAUGGCCUGGACUAUCACAACUAUAACCAGCAGCAUCAGAUUGGCCAAAAUGAUGCCCAGAGCAAAAAUGAUGCCCAGAGCCAAAAUGAUGCCCAGAGCCAAAAUGAUGCCCAGAGCCAAAAUGAUGCCCAGAGCCAAAAUUAUGCCCAGAACCAAAAUGGUGCUCAGAGCCAAAAUGAUGUCCAGAGCCAAAAUGGUGCUCAGAGCCAAAAUGAUGUCCAGAGCCAAAAUGAUGCACAGAACCAGAAUAUGGACAGACAGAAUAUUACCAUUAAUUUGAAAUCCAAAAGCGGAUCCCAUCUACCAAUUAUUAUUAAUGGGAAUCCCACCAUCAAUAUUUUUGUUACGUAAAUAUUAGGAUAGAAAGAAUCAAAACAAAAAACCCGCAUGACAUCAUCAAAAAAUAAAAAUAAACGAUUCCACAAAGCUAAUUUUAACCAAGAUUUUAAAGCAACCUACAAAAAAAUGUUAAUGGUGGUCGCGCAAUUCAUUAUCAUAUUCAAACAAUGACGUGAGCAAAGUAUCAGAAUACGAGAAAUUUUAGAAGCUUUAAUAAAUACUCUUAACUAUCAAUCAAUGUA